GGAAGGAAGGAAGAAAAGAAAGAAGGAUGGAAGAGAGAUAGAUGGAAGGAAUGAAAAAAUAUGAAAGAAGGAGGGAGGGAAGGAAGGAAGGAAGGAAGGAAAAAGAAAGGAGGGAGGGAGAUAAGGAAGAAACAGGGAAGAAAGGAAGGAAGAAAAGAAAGAAGGAUGGAAGAGAGAUAGAUGGAAGGAACGAAAAAAAUAUGAAAGAAGGAGUGAAGGAAGGAAGGAAGAAAGAGGGAGGGAGGGAAGGAAAGGAGGGAAGUGGGAGGAAGGAAAGAAAGAAAGAGGCAAGGAAGGAGGGCAAGAAAGAAAGAAAGAGCGAAGGAGGGAGAGAGGAAGGAAGAGAGAGGGAUGAAAGAAGGGAAGAAGGAGAGAAAGAGAAGCGUCCCUCCCCUCUUCUCCUCCGGGCCCGCCUCCUUGCACCCGGCUCCGAGGGAAGGAGGGAAGGAAGGAAGGGAGGAAAAGAAGGGAAGGAAGGCGGAGCUGCUUGGGAAAGAGCCGCACCGCCGACUCCUCCGCCGGCAACUCCCGCCCGACUUUCCCCGGAGAAGCGGCGCCGGAUCUCCCUUCGGGAGCCUCACCGUCCAGUUCCUCAUCUGCGGUUUUCGGCAAAAGGAAAGGCCUUGCAAGCAGAAAUCCCCCAAAGGCCAGGGCGGAAGUUUUCGGCCAAAGGCGAGCAGGGAGUCCAGGUUGGGAGUCCAGUCCAAAAGCUGCGGAAAAAGACAGCCAAAGACAGCCAGGUUGGUGCAUUGCCCGUAUUUUUUGGGAUUUUUAAAUGCCUUUAAUUGCUGUUUCGGGUUUGAAAAAUGCAGGAAGUGGGCUGGGUAGGAUUUAGGAAGAUCCCUGAAGCUUACAAGUGUAUUGCAGGUCUUCAGGGUUCAUAGGGCUU